AUGGUGAAGACCUGGAAAUGCAUUUCUCUGUGGUUUCAAGACGUCGAGUUGGAGCUUGAGGGGAUGGAAAAAGGUCUACGGAAUGUGUUUCCCCAUUUGUGGGUCCAAAGCGGCCGCUACAAAGAACUGGCCGAGAAACUUCUUGGCCAGCGAAUCGUCGCCAUUCAGUUUAACUGGGACUCGACCCAACGACGUGUCAGUAGUGUGAUAGCCCAGUCAGACUUGUUGAAACCGAUGCUUGGCCUUGUCGGUAGCUUGGAGAAUGUGUCACGGGUGUUCGAGAAAGCGAUUAUUUCUCCCAAUUUCCAGUGGAGAUCUUCGGCAGAAUAA